CUGCAGCGCAGACCGGCCGCGACCCCUCUGUCCCCAUGCUGGAGGGCGCCGAGCUGCACUUCAACGCGGACCACGGCUACCUGGAGGGCCUGGUGCGGGGCUGCAAGGCCGGCCUGCUGACCCGGCAGGACUACGCCAACCUGGCCCAGUGCGAGACCCUGGAGGAUCUAAAAAUUCAUCUCCAGACCACUGAUUAUGGCAACUUCUUGGCUAAUCAAAUGAGUCCUCUUACUGUUUCCAAAAUUGACACUGAGAUGAGAAAAAAGUUAUGUGGAGAAUUUGAGUAUUUCCGGAUUCAUUCCCUGGAGCCCCUGAGCACGUUUUUUACCUACAUGACAUGCAGUUACAUGAUCGACAACGUGAUCCUACUGAUGAACGGGGCACUGCAAAAGAAAUCUGUGAAAGAAAUUCUGGUGAAGUGCCAUCCACUGGGCCGUUUCACAGAAAUGGAAGCCGUCAACAUUGCGGAGACACCUUCCGAUCUCUUUAAUGCCGUUCUGAUCGAAACCCCAUUGGCUCCAUUCUUUCAAGACUGUAUGUCUGAAAAUACUCUAGAUGAACUGAAUAUUGAAUUACUACGCAAUAAACUAUACAAGUCUUACCUCGAGGCAUUCUAUAAAUUCUGUAAGAAUCAUGGUGAUGUCACUGCGGAAAUUAUGUGUCCCAUUCUUGAGUUUGAGGCUGACAGACGUGCUUUCAUCAUCACUCUUAACUCCUUUGGCACCGAAUUGAGCAAAGACGACCGCGAGACCCUCUACCCAACCUGUGGCAAGCUCUAUCCCGAGGGGCUGCGCCUUUUGGCCCAAGUGGAAGACUUCGAACAGAUGAAGAGAGUAGCAGAGCAUUACGGAGUGUACAAGCCUUUGUUUGAGGCUGUGGGUGACGGCAGUGGGGGAAAGACAUUGGAGGAUCUGUUUUAUGAGCAUGAGGUGCAAAUGAACGUGCUAGCCUUCAACAGGCAAUUCCACUAUGGCGUGUUUUAUGCGUACACAAAGCUGAAGGAACAGGAAAUGAGAAACAUCGUGUGGAUCGCAGAAUGCAUUUCACAAAGACAUCGAACUAAAAUUAACAAUUACAUUCCAAUUUUAUAACCCAGUGAGGGGCCUCAAGUGCAGAAAAUCGUACGUGUUAAGAGGAAGUUAUUGAGGAAAAUGAAAGGAAUUGUGUUUUAUUAUCUAGGAUACACCAAAAUAAGCCACACUGCACCUUUGUGAAUUGCAGAGUCACUGGAAACACGGUAAACCAGCCCUGAAAGAAAGUGUUUCUUUUUCUUCCAGCAGCCUUAAAUCUUGUUUCCACAUUUAUAUCUCAUUCUUCUCCUGGCCUUAGACGUUAAUUGUAAUUAACCCUAUGGUACUUUUUCUACUCUCGUUUGGUUAUAUUAAAAAUCAUACCCAAUAAAUAUUGCUUCUCUUGCUUCUCCACAGGCCCAAAUACUGAGUGUCUGUUUUACAUUUUAGUUGUCUGUUCCUUCCUUAGGUCCACAAAAAUUCAGAGCAGUAUGUAG